GCCGGCCGGCGCCACACUCUCGACGAUGACGGCGACGCGCGCAGUGCCACCGCUGCUGCUGCUGCUGGCCGCCUCGGCCGCCGGCCAGGUGAUGUUCGCUGGCAGCUGCCCCCGGCCGCCCGUGGUGCGUCACUUCCAGGCGGAGCGCUACCUCGGCAAGUGGUACGAGCACAGCAACUACUUCGCCAUCUUCCAGGUAGGCGGCACGUGCGUGACGGCCACGUACUCGGACGCUGGCUACGGCCGCAUCGGCGUGCUGAACCAGUCGCGGAAGAACGGACGGAAGAACGACAUCCGCGGGCAGGCGGUACCGGCCGGCAGGCAGGGGGAAGCGAAGCUGCGCGUCAGCUUCCAGGGCACGCCGAGCUUCGGCAGCGGACCCAACUACAACGUCAUCGACACCGACUACCACAACUACGCCAUCGUCUGGUCCUGUACCGACAUGAAGCUGUUCAAUGCGCAGAUCCUGUGGAUCCUGACGCGCGAGCGCUUCCCCGACCCGUAUCUUAUCAAGGACGUCAGGCGCAAGAUCCGCCGCUACGGCCUGGACCCGAGCAAGCUGCAGCGUACGGACCAGAAGAACUGCCCGUACGGUCACUGAGCAUGCGCCGGCCGCCGCGGCUGUCGAGCCGGGGACCGCCGCAGCCCGCGGGCCGGGGACC